AUGGAUGGCAGUCUGCCCACUACAACGAGGAAAGGAACUCCGCGGCAACGGGUGUCCAAGGCCUGUUCCUUUUGUCGACACCGGAAGAUUCGGUGCAAUAAUGAGCGCCCUCGGUGCAGUAAUUGCAAAACCUAUGGCACCGUGUGCGACUUCUCAUCGCCCGGCCAGUCUGCCCGCAAUGGCCCCUCACGGCCACGCGCAACCCAGUCUUCACGAGCAAAUUCUCGUCCCAUUAGUGAGCCUUCUGGCACAAGUGCUCCAGGCCGGACCCCGGACGAGAUCGAUCCACAGUUGAACAACGAUCUGCCCGAAGAAGCCAAUCCCCAGAACCCAGAUAGCUCGUUCCAGGAGCGAUCAGUCUCUCGCAUAAUCUUUUCAGAUGAUGGGGGUUCGAGCUAUCACGGUCAAACCAGCGCUCUUUUCGAGGACAACCCUUACGACCGACGAAAGUCCAAGGUCGCUCCAGUACCAAGGCAAUGGGUACAGAAAGGCUUGAUGGCCGAGGCGGCACUACAGCGCCAGAUGGAGAUUAUUAACUACAAGAAUGGUGUCCUUGAUUUCGAUGGAGUCGAGCCAGAGCUGGGCAUGCAUCUGCUGGACCUUCAUUGGAACCGACAGCACCAUUCCUUUCUCAUCACAUACCGCCCGGCCUUCAUGCGUGAUAUGGCAUGUAACGGUCCUUAUUUCUCGAAGAUUCUCCUCAAUGCGAUCUACUAUGGCUCUUCGAAGUUCAGCACUCGACUGGAAGUGCGACGCGUCCCAGGCGAUGUUCGAACGGCUGGCUGGAAAUUCCGCCAGCGAGUUAGAGAGCUUCUGGGGAAUGCUUUGGAUGGAAGCGAGAUUACAACCAUCCAGGCACUCUUAGUCAUGGCCAACUCUUUGUUUGCCCUGGGAGACGAGAGAAGUGCUGCUUGGCUAUACUCUGGACUAGCUUUCCGCAUGAUCAUUGAUCUGGGUAUGCACGCGGAGGCCCCAGCACUCUCCAGUGUUCGGAAGCUUAGUGAUGAGGAUCUUGAAAUACGCCGCAGAGUGUUCUGGGGUGCCUACGUGGUGGACAAGAUCAUGAGUCUGUAUCAAGGGAGACCGGUCAGCUUACAAGAAGCAGACACGAACGUCCCCAUCUCUUUCCUUGACGAAUUCGAAGAGCACGAAAAUUGGAUUCCCUUUGCCUACACUUCUGAUAGCAAAAGCAACUAUGAAGGAAGUCCAGCAUAUAGCGUUUCGACGUUUACGGCGCUCUGCAGCUUGUCGGUCAUCAUGAACAAGAUUCUCAACAGCAUUUACGCCGAGCGGAUUUUCGAUCGAAGCUCUAACGAUCUUGCACAAAUACUCGACGACCUACAUUCCAAGCUGGAGAGCUGGUAUGCCUCGCUAGCACCACAUCUCAAAUUCGAUCCGAUCAAACAGACCUCGAUCACACCACCUCCACAUACCCUGUCUUUAAUGGCGGUAUAUAACGUCCUCCUUAUCCUCCUCCACCGCCCUUUCGUGGCCGACGGCCACCUGUACAAUAACGCUCGAUCGAUACCGGUCAAUUCGCUUCUCACGUGUGCAAAUGCGGCCACCCAGAUUGUAGGGCUCCUGAGAGCCUACGACAAAGCAUAUUCGGUGCUGCGCGCGCCGUACUUGAUUUCCUAUGCCACAUAUGUCAGCGCCACGAUACAUGUACGCAUCGCGGCCAAGCGUAACGCAGCGUCAGACGCGCACAAGAGCCUGGGAGCCUGCCUGGCAGUUUUGGGACAAAACCAGGAAACAAACUUUGCUGCGAGAAGGGCGAAAGCCAUUGUCGAAGGGCUAAUUUCCCGACUCAAUGUUCAACUCCCGGACCCUCCAUAUGAGUUACAUCUCCCCCAGGAUGACAUCGAAGUCCCUUCGGAUAAUGCCAGUGCUACCAAUCCGGUUCAAGUGGCUGCAGUCGAGGAGCUUAGGCCUGACGGGUUCUCUCCAGGACUCGACAUAGAUGCUGUCAUCCAAAGCUUUGCUCCUGGCAGAGAGGCCGGAAAUGGCCAGUUCAAUCCUCCGGAGAACAGCCAGCGAUUCUCCGAAUCCAACCUGAAUCGUCCGCUCAUGUUUGGGGAUAAUCCUCCAGGUUAUAGCUCCCAGGGGCUUUUCCAAGGCAACGCCAACCAGAACAAUGAGAUUUGGUAUGAUCCUUUCAUGAUGUCGGCUAAUCAAGUGGACGACGUUCUUUUUGGCUUCAACGGUGCAAUGCUGGACGAGUUCUCAUUCACUGGACUUGGACAAUGA